AUGGUGCUCUCAGACCUCGGCCGGCGUAUCAACGCCGCCGUGUCGAAUCUGAACCGAGAACCCAACCUUGACGAGAAAGCCUUCGAUGCCAUGAUCAAAGAGAUAUGUUCGGCCCUCCUAUCCGCAGACGUGAACGUGCGACUGGUGAAAACUCUACGGAAGUCGAUACAAAGCACAGUGAACUUUAAAGAUCUUCCACCGCAAACGAGUUCCAAUAGCAAAAAGCGAUUGAUCCAGCAAGCCGUUUUUGAUCACCUGGUGCAACUAGUCGACCCUCAUGCCGAACCCUAUAAGCCGAAGAAAGGAAGACCCAAUGUUAUCAUGUUUGUGGGCCUCCAAGGCGCCGGGAAGACGACAUCGUGUACCAAGUUGGCGAGGUACUACGCACAGCGAGGGUUCAAAGCAUGCUUGGUCUGCGCAGACACUUUCCGAGCCGGGGCAUACGACCAGUUGAAACAAAACGCCACAAAGGCGAAGAUACCAUAUUAUGGCUCCUUGACCCAAACAGACCCGGCUGUUGUCGCCGCGGAGGGCGUGGCUCGGUUCAAGAAGGAGAAGUUUGAGAUCAUUAUUGUCGAUACCUCGGGUCGACAUAGGCAGGAAGCAGAUCUUUUCGCCGAAAUGGUUCAAGUGCAGAAAGCUAUAAAGCCAGAUCAGACCAUCAUGGUUCUUGACGGCACCAUCGGUCAAGCAGCAGAAGCGCAGUCAUCCGCUUUCAAGCAAGCAGCAGAUUUCGGCGCCAUCAUCAUCACCAAGACUGACGGAGGCGCCGCUGGAGGAGGUGCUAUAUCAGCAGUUGCGGCUACACAUACACCGAUUAUUUUCCUAGGGACGGGCGAACACAUGAUGGACCUAGAAAGAUUCGCGCCUAAACCGUUCAUCUCGAAACUCCUUGGGUACGGUGAUAUGUCUGGGCUGAUCGAACACAUUCAAUCGAUCACGAAGGAAUCGGCUGGUAUGAAAGAGACCCAAAAGCAUCUGGCUGAGGGUAUCUUUACGCUUCGAGACAUGAAAGAACAGAUUACCAAUAUCAUGAAGAUGGGCCCACUUUCCCGUGUUGCGGGAAUGAUUCCAGGACUGGGAAGCAUGAUGCAAGGCAAGUCACCCCUAUUCCAGCUCUGA